AUGUCAUCAUCAUUACUAGAAAAGACUAGAAAUUUACAUGAGAAUUUUGAAAGAUAUGAAUUAUUAAUUGAAAAUGAAAUGAAAACAGAACCUAAAACAACUAAAGAAAGAGUACUUCAAAGUCAUAGAGUUAAUCAUUAUUUAAAUUCUUCAAUUGAAUGUUCAAAAUCAUUAAUAAAUAUAUAUACAGAUUCUGAUCAUUCAAGAAAAGAUGAAUUAACAUCAAUUUCAGGAUUUGGUACAGAUUUAUAUAGUUCAUUCUAUGAAAAAUUAAGAGAAAUUAAAGAUUAUCAUCGUAAAUUUCCAAAUUUAAAAGAAGAAAGAAAUAAUGAACCUUUAAUUUUUACUCCAUCAAUUUCAUUUACAGGUAAUGAAAUGAAUGGUAAAUUUUUAGAUUUAAAUGAAAAUUAUGAAAAGUAUAUAAAUUUAUCAUUUAAUAGAAAUAAAUCAAUCAAUUUAGAUUAUUUAACAUAUUUAACAAGUUAUUAUAAAUUUCAAUAUAAUGAUAUCAAUCGUAUGAAAUCUCCACAAUAUAAGGAUUAUUUAGAAUCAGUUUAUAAAUAUUUAAUUCAUUUCAUUGAAAGAACUCAACCAUUAUUUGAAUUACAAUCUUCAAUAACUAAAUCAGAGAAUGAAUUUAUUGAAAAAUGGAAUAAUAAUGAAUUUGAUCCAAUUGAAAAUAAUAAUAAUAAUAACAAUAAUAAUAAUAAUAAUAAUAAUAAUAAUAAUAAUAAUAAUAAUAAUAAUAAUAAUAAUAAUAAUAAUAAUAAUAAUAAUAAUAAUAAUAAUAAUAAUAAUAGUAAUGUAAAUAGUAAUAAUAACCAAGAUGAUAAAUUAUUUUGUAAAGCGUGUAAAAAAUUAUUUACUUCUGAAAAUGUUUUUAAUGGUCAUUUAAAAGGUAAAAAGCAUAUACAAAAUGAAGAAAAAAUGAAUACUAAUAAAGAUAAUAAAGAUGGUGAUAGUAAUAAUAAUAAUAAUAAUAAUAAUGAAAAAUGGUAUAAUAAAUUAAAAUCAAGAAAAGAUAAUACAAUGUUUGAAUAUAAAAUUAAUAGAUUAUCAGAAUAUUUAUCGGAUCAGAUUGAAUCAACUAAAGAGAAUGUUUUAAAGAAACAAUCAAGAAGUUAUACAGAGGUUGUUGAUGGUGUUAUGGUUGGUGGUGUGGGUGAUGAUGAGGAAGAGGAUGAGGAGGUGAAUAUUGAUGAUUUGGAAGUAGAUGUUGAAGUUUCAAAAUUAAAGAUUGCAAAUUAUCCAGUAGAUUGGAGUGGUAAACCAAUUCCAUAUUGGGUUUAUCGUUAUUUAGAACUUGGUGUAGAAUAUAAAUGUGAAAUCUGUGGUAAUCAAUCUUACUGGGGUAGAAAGGCUUAUGAAAAACAUUUCCAAGAGACAAGACAUUCCUAUGGUAUGUCAAGUAUUGGUGUACCAAAUACAACUCAUUUUCAUGAAAUCACUAAAAUUAAAGAUGCCCUCGAACUUUGGUCAAAAAUUAAAAAUCAAACAAAUCAACAACAAUUUAAAUCUGAUCGUGAUGAAGAAUAUGAAGAUGAAACUGGUAAUGUUAUGAGUAAAAAGAAUUAUGAUCUUUUAGUUAAACAAGGUAUUAUUAAUCCAAAUCAAAAGAAACGUUCUCAUUAUUAA